AUGGGUUCAUUCAGAGCAUCCAUGCUAGUUCUUCUUGUCCACCAUCUCAUUCUUCUACUUUUUGCCUCUUUCCAACUUGUUUUUUCCGAUGAGAAGCUGAUUGAAGUACAAUGCCACAAUGCAGAGGUGCCAGCAGCCUGUAUCCAAUGCCUAAAAUCCGAUCCAGGAGGAGAAGCAGCCGAUAAAGUAGGGAUUGCUACCAUAAUUAUAAAUUGUCUUAGCAACAAUGCUGAAACCCAAGAAAAUAACAUGUCAAGUUUAGCUUCAAGUGUCCAAGACAAGAACUUAAAAUCUCUAUUCCAAGAUUGUAAGAAAGGGUUUUUCGAAGCGAAGCAUGAUCUAUCUACAGCUACAAAUCAGUUGAAGAGUAAGAAUUAUGAUAAAACUAAUCAUUAUGUGAGAACAGCUCUUGAGGAAGAGAUUAUUUGCAGGAAAUAUGUUGUAAGCAUGAAAUUAAGGGUAGCUUCUAAUAUCCUCUAUAAAAUGAGGGUUUAUGAAGAACUUUCUGAUGCAGCAAUGAGAAUAAUUGAUAGGUUCUAG